AUGAGGCAUGUAAUCGAUGUUUGUGCAAUUCUUAUGGAACUGCGUAUGCAGCUUGUACACAAAGAAAUUGCUUUGAAGAUAUUCGAUGUACCCCAAAUAAAGAAUAUGCAGAAGACUGCAAUUUGUGCACUUGCAACAAAUAUGGCACUGGUUCAGCCUGCACCACAAAAUUGUGUUAUAGUAGAAGUACUGUUAUGUACACAUUGUGUUAAAGUUUGCAAGUCCGGCGAAGUUUUGAAGAAGGAUUGCAAUACAUGCAUUUGCAAUGAGGAUGGAACUGGCUACAGAUGCACAGAAUUAUACUGCCCAAAGCGUUGUAAACCCGGCGAUAUCAAGGAAGAGGAUUGUAACAUAUGCAUUUGCAAUGAAGCUGGGACUGAAUACUCUUGUAGUACCUUAGAUUGUGAUGAUUUAGUCUGCAAGCCAUGUUCAACAUUCAAGAAAGAAUGCAAUGAUUGUCAGUGCAAUCGCUUUGGCACUGCAGCUCAAUGCACAUUACUUCCUUGCACAAAACUAAUUACUAAGCUUUAA